AUGACUUCCACCACCGACAUUGGCCUCACCAAUGCCGUUCGCAUCAAUUGUACCAUCAGUCAGGAGAUCCACGGCAGACCCAUCUUCGAAAGUGUCACUCUCUCCGACGAAGAUGUACAGAAGUUGAUGAGGCCUGCAAAGCUCCGCGACCAGUCAUCUCCGAUCGCACGUCGCAUCGGCAUUCCUCUCCGUGCAUACAUUGAGCACCAACACGAAAGACCAUCUUAUGUCCGUGUGGACUGGUCGUAUUCGGUCUUUCUCCACAUGGGCUGCGAGCUCAACACAGAGCAGGACUCCGAAAACUGGGGAUGGGCACCGGAUUAUUGGAAGAUGACUGCUGGCGAUGCCUAUGUCCUCAAAUUCCAGAUUGCCAUGGAGGAGCGCUACACCGUCCCUGUCGACAAGAGAAAGGAUGUUCUUGCUCUGAUCACCAAGAAGAACUUCGACGCUUACAGAGAGAAGUUCGAAAAGGAAGGCAAGACCGCAGAUUACGACUUCGACUCCACCGAGAAGAUGUACGAGGAGUUGCUCCGUACUGGCAAGCUCCAGACUUGA